CACCCACCACUAUACGUUUCAGGAAAUGCGAAUCACUGCCCAGAAGGCUGACAUCUCUGCUAGAAGCGUGCGGUUGUUUAUAUCAGCAAAAAUCCGUGUUAUUAUACAAUAAAGUGGUGAGCCAAGAACAAGGAAGAUGCUUUCUCCGCGGGUCCUGAAGUCUGCAUCGUCCCUGAUGUGUAGAGGAUUUUCUAUGGGGCAAAUGUGUAGACAAGGGAAAGCACCUGAUAUGGCAGAUGGAAACACAUUUUUACUUGUGAGCAAUGUUCGCAACAGGCUGAGGGAAAUAGUCGGUGCCUCUACCAACUGGAGAGAUCAUCAGCAAGCAUUAGCUGAGCGUGCAUCACUAACCCAGUAUCUUGCAAAUAGUCAGGAUGAACUGCCUACAAAGACAAUGAAGGACAGUGCAAUUGAGGCACAUCUUCCUCUGGGUACCCAGCCUGCUUUAAGAGAGAAAUAUCUCAACUAUCAUAACAGUGUCAGAUUUGGAAGAAUAUUGGAGGAUUUGGACAGUUUAGCAGUGCUCAUCUGUUACUCUCACACGUGGAAUAAGGAGCUGCAAAGAUCUCCACUGUCUAUUGUCACCGCCCUAGUGGACAAGAUCGACAUGCGAAAAAACAUCAUCUACCCAGACUGUGACAUCAAGUUCACAGGUCAUGUGACAUGGGUUGGCAAAACCUCAAUAGAGGCCAAAAUGCACAUGUCUCAGUUUCAUGAUGGGGUGUACUCUGAUGUAUUAGAUGCUACGUUUGUAAUGGUGGCUCGAGAUCCUGAAAACAAAAGGGCAGCUUUUAUAAACCCUUUGAAACCAGAAGGACCAGAAGAAGAGGCCAUCUUUCAGCAGGGGGAAAUAAACAAGAAGAGACGUGUGGAGCUGAGCACGGCGUCUCUUCUGAAAGUGGCUCCUACAGCGGAGGAGAGGACACUCAUUCACAACCAGUUCCUCAACACUCUUGACACACGGACUGUCAGCUUUCGCAGUCGGAUUUUACCACCAAAUUCAGUGUGGAUGGAAGAUGCCAAAAUGAAAGGGCUUGAGAUUUGCCAUCCACAGGAAAGAAAUAUCUUUAACCGGAUAUUUGGUGGUUUUCUGAUGAGAAAGGCUUAUGAGCUUGGUUGGGCCAAUGCUUGUGCAUUUGCUGGAUGUAGACCUACGCUGGUGGCUGUAGAUGAUAUCUUAUUCAGGAGGCCAGUAGAAAUCGGCUCUUUGCUGUUGCUGUCCUCACAGGUUUGUUACACAGAAGGAAUGCACGUCCAGGUUCGCGUUCACACAGAGGUGCUCGACCCACUGACCCGACAGCACAGCACCACCAAUGUGUUUCACUUCACUUUUCGGGUUGAUAAAGAUGUUCCAGCUGUUGUGCCACAGAGCUACGGAGAAUCAAUGCUUUACCUGGACGGAAAGAGGCACUUUGAUGAGACCAUGAGGGGCCAAAGUUGAGCAUCCUGGGAUUUGCUGAUGAGAUUCCUGAAAAAGCUGUAGUGAUGGUCAGCACUGUAGUUUCAUGAGAAUGUGUAUGUGUGGAUUCAACUAUUAUUACUCUUGCUCCAUUCAAUUCAUAUGCACUAUUAUAUUUUAUAGCAUUUUUAUAUUAAUGUUAUAUAUUAUUUUUCUCAGUUGACGCUUGUAAGGAGAGAGAAAAAUUUAGGUAAAUUGGCUGUUUAAGGUGUUUUUGCAGACAUAUGUCAAAUGUGGUGCUUUUGCAACAUGUUUAGUUGUUAUAACUUAUAAUUGACCAUGUUUUGUUUGCUUUUCAGCGACAUUCAGAAUGAGAGAGUACUUUAACCAAAAUCAUGUCAUUUAAGAGUCUUUAAAGUGAUGGAAUUGACCUGUUUCGUAGUGUUACAGAUCUGAAUUUAGCCAGAGCAUUUUAUGAAAAGACGAUAUGUGGACAAAUUUUGAGAUUAAAUGCAGUCUUCCUUUCUUGAUUUGUGAGUACACUCUAAAAACUUUGUGUAACUGAGAGAAAAGUAUACAUGUGACUAUGGUUUUGCAGUCAAAUCUGCAUAUAUUUACUGUGCUGAUAAGUCACUUUUAUAUGUAACAUUCUUUUUACUUUGUUCUAAGUCUUUAUAAAAGGCGGUAGUAUGGUUUUACAGACUGUAAAAGUUCAGGUUUACACUUAUACAAGUAGAUACUGGAAGAGGAUGGGUUUUUUUGUACACACUACCUGUGCCAGAUUGACCAAAAACUGACAAAUGAAUGCAUGCCUUUUUUCACAAAAUAUAGUUAGCCUCAUAAAUAUUGAUUGAAUGAUAAUAAAACAUUUAUAUUAUUUUCUGCAUUUGUAUAGCAGUUAUAUUUUUGUUUGUUUCUUAAUGUGCUGUUGUCAACACAGAAUCCUAAAUAUCUUCAUCUGCAUUGCCUUAUUGCAAUACAUAUCUCAGAGAUGGAUUCUAUAUUGGUUUCUUAUUUCCACAAGUAAAAGUGUCCAGUAUUACCGAUA